AUGAGGAGUUUAAUAGAUCACGCUAAACCUAAAGGAGAAAUCCGUAUUCCGAACCCCGUUAAAAGAUUUAACGGGCCUUCUGUGACGGAUUGGGAUGGUACGCUUUCGCUCUCCCUAAUACAUUCUUUCUACAUCUUGCCUCCACACAUCGAAUCAAUAACUAACAAACCUUCUUCUCUCCAGGCGCACCGGAUUGUCGCCCAGAUAGUCCUUACGGGCGGUCGGGUCUUUGGACGGGCCUUUGCAGAGGCAUACAAGCAAGCCUCAGCCUCGUCGAAAUAUGCAGCCCAGGCGCAAAAGGGAAAUGUAACCUCAGCCAACAACUUCGCGUCGUCGGGCCUAACGCUCGAUGAAGCCUGCAAAAUCCUGAACGUCAAACCACCGAUGGGGGGCGAGGCGAACCUGGAAUACACAAUGGAGCGCUUCAAGAAGUUGUUCGACCUAAACGACCCGAAGAAGGGGGGCAGCUUUUACCUCCAGAGCAAGAUUCUGCGCGCGAGAGAGCGCAUUGAGAUGGAGGUGCGAGAGGCGGGGCGGAAGGCUGCUAUGGAAAAGGAAAUUAAGGAGGGGUGGAAACCUAAAGUGUAUAAAGACCGAUAA